AUGCCUGCCACGACCAGAAGCAGAGGGCCCAGUAAUUCCGGGGCGGCCACCCGGAAGAACCAGCAGAGCCAGAAGCCACCUAGGGGAAAGCCACAGUCGACAACAGCAAGCAAUAACGCAAAGAGGGUCCCGCGGUCGAGGACGUUUACUGGUUGCCGUACCUGCAGAAGCCGACAUCUCAAGUGCGACGAGGCCCGCCCGAUAUGUUCCUCCUGCCGCCGUCUGAAUCUCGUAUGCGAAGGCUACGACGGCCAGCUCCUGUGGGUUCCAGAUCCGCUGUGCUCGGCCUCGGGCGACCAGAAGCAUGCCUCCUCCUCGCACCGUGGCACGUCGUACCGAUACCCGCUCUUCACCGAGGAUGAACGCAACUCGAUGGCCGUCGAGAUUGUCGAGAGCAUGGGCGAUCGCUCGGCUGGCGACAUUGUUCUCGACCUCGACGAGAAGAGCGUUCACGGCGUGGAUGAAGUGUGUUUAGACGGUCCAUUUGGAGUUUUCAGAGCGUUCGAAGGCGAUUCCAUCACGAAUUCGGACACAUCCUCCUCCCCUCUGCUGCAACAGUCGGAGAGCUCUCCGACUUCAUCACCAGCAGAAGCCUUGCCCGAUCUCGUCGGCGGCGAACUGCUGGACGAUGACGUUGAAGAAGUGGUCAUUGAGCCAUGGUCCGUUCAUGACGACCAUAUCGCGAUAGAACCAUCGUUUCUGCCUGGGCAUUUUGACGCUUUUGGUACAGACGCCAUGAUGAACCUCGGCCAACCAUGGAUGCAUGGGGAAGGCACAGGAAGCCUCAGCCAUAUGAUGUCAAUGGAUGGUUCCUUUUCAGCAUUGGACUUGCUUUUCUCUCCCACCUCACCACGGACUCCUGCUAUGGCCCAUAUAGACCAAGCCCAAAGUCAUCACCCAGAACACCAACAAGAGCUGAACCAAUUGCGAUUGCCAGAACAACAACAGCAAGACACUGACCGGGUGCAAGAAGAUACCAAUAACAUCACCGGUCCACCAUCGGACAUGAGCCUACCCAUACCGCGCAAAGUUUCCACGCCAUUCACUAACAACCUACCCGGAAUCACACCAUCUUUACCAACGCACGCGGCCUCCCUUCUACGAUACUACAAGUCCAUUGACUCACUAUCUUCUGUCAAGGGCAUGAGAAUAUCGCCGUGGCAGCUGUGGCUUCUGCCUUGCGCACUAGAAACCUUUGCCGAGCUUUCUCUUUGGAACACUACCACCCAUACCAGACAUAGUAUUCUCUGUACCUUGCUGGCUAGGAGCGCCUUCCACUUACAUAGGUCUCUCAAGGCGGAUGAGAAGGCAGCAUCCCAGUGGUUGGAGGUCGGUCUGGACUACCAAAAGAGCGCGCAAUCCCAUCUGAAGAUGGCACUACAAAGCGAGUCGGACGAGCCCAGCCAAUCCAAGUACAAUGAGAUUCUCAUGGCAAUCCUUGCCACGGCUAUGGUUUCGGUACUCUACAACGGCUCCCGUGCGGUCAAAAUCUUCCUCCUCGACGCCGAACGACUGAUCCGUCUUCGAGGUUUAUCGAUGCCCAGAUCAUUCAACCUUCGUGUUCUCCACCACGUCUACACACAUCUGCGUGUGAUUGCAGAAAGUACAGAUAUAUCUAGCGACAACGCUCCGAAGACAGGCCAAGCCCUAUCAGCACAGGCCCAGGCGCAAGCAGCAACCGAAAUGGCCGUCUCGCUCCGCAAGUUCCGUAUCGCAGAAGACUCUCUCGGUGCCGACCUCGACAUCUCUCGCGAGAAGCCCGCCGAGGUUGGAUACGCAGAUAUUCACCUUGACAUCUCGGGCCAUUGGCCUAUCACGAUGUACCCUGAUAUCUAUGGCGUGCCCGAGUCCCUGAUGACUCUACUGUCUCAGACUAUCAGCUUUGCCAACGAGAAGGCCAAAUUGGAGGCUAUCGCACUGUACGACCCUCGCGUCUCGGCAGGUCUGUCAAGACAUGUCAAGAUGCUGGAGCAACACAUCUGGUCGUGGUCGCUUGAUUCUUCCGAUAAUCAAAACGGACCCAGCAGACCUCGGGAACUCAUGAAUAGGGACGCUAGGCUCGUUGAUCACCCAGUCAUCAAGUCCUUGACACUAGCGAUGCAUCAGGCAUUGAUAAUCUACUUCUACCGCAGGGUGUACAACAUGAGCGCCAUGGUCAUCCAAGAUGCCGUGCGCAAGACUCUGGAUUACAUACAACCCUGUCUAGAGGAGACGGCGGACGACCAUGACUUUGCUACCAGUAUCGGAUGGGCUGGGUUCAUUGCCGCAUGCGAAGCUACGACGCCUGAUCUUCAGGAGCGAGGAAAGCUAAUUUUGGAGUCUAUUGAUACCCAAGGCGUUAUUUUCGGGGCGGAUAAGCCGAGCGUGUUGGCUCAAAGCGUUUGGGAUAAGAGGAAAGAAACGGGGGAUUGGACUUUGAGCUGGCCAGAUUUGAUGCAAAGCAGCAUAACCAGCGCUGCCGCAAGUGCAAGUCACUUACCAAGUUGA